AUGUCUUCCUCUACCAUUAUCUGUCUCCUUUCCAUACUUGCAAUCAUCCCAUUUCAAGCCUCUGCCAAUAGCUCCAUAAACCUUGAUCCCUUUCGCAACCAUUACACAGUUCAUGUCAUCAAUGGUUUCAGCAACAAUGACCAACCAAUGUUGAUUCAUUGUUGGUCAAGGAAUGAUGAUCUUGGACACCAUACCUUGUACAUUGGGGGAGACUUAACUUCAGGUUUGGCCUCAGGAUUGUACCUCCCUCUACCCAUUUUUACUGUGACUUCAAACGGGGUGAAAAACAUCUCACUGAAGUUACUGUGUUUGAUGAGGAUGAGGUGCUGGGUUUGUGCAACAAGACACAAAAAUGUUAUUGGCGGGGCCAAGAAGACGGACUGUUUUUCAGUAAUGAUAGCUCGUCUUGGAAAAAGUUGUAUAUGUGGAAUUAAAGCAAAAGAAAGAUGGUGA